AUGGUGGCUAUUGUCAUUCGAUACAACCAUCAGGAUCGGGAAGGACACCAACAGGGUCCUCCUCCUCCUCCUCCUCCUCCUCCUCCUCUUGUUCGUGGCAUGAGUAUGGCAGUAGAAUCCAAGCUAAUAGCAGAGCCUGGUGCUUCUGGUCAAAAAUUUUCAGUCGUUAUUGAUGGAACUUCCUUGCCGACUAUACUACGAUCGUCAAGGAGCGUCAAUCGCCUGCGCUCUAUCAUUAGCCACGAGCUGUGUGAAUCGGCUGUGUUCUGCCGAGUGAAUCCCAAACAGAAGGGAGAUAUCGUCCGGCUCUUUAAGGAUGGCUUUGGUGGUAGAGGCAGAGUCCUAGCGAUAGGUGAUGGUGCCAACGAUAUCAAUAUGAUACAUCAGGCUCAUGUUGGUGUUGGUAUAUUCGGCCAGGAGGGGUAUCAGGCAGCUGGUACGGCUGAUUAUGCCAUCAGCAGGUUUGGUGAUCUCUAUAGGCUUAUGUUCUAUCAUGGUCGUUGGAAUUAUGAACGCAUAACUCACUACAUCAACUUUUUCAUCUACAAGAACUUCUUAUUCACCCUUUGCCAGUUUCACUUUGGUACAGCCUCGAGAUGGUCCGGCCAAACAGUGUAUGAUUCCUUCUAUGUUCUGGUAUACAACUCCAUUUUCAGUGUGCUGCCUCUCACCGUUGCGGCCCUCUUUGACCACGACGUCCAUCCUGAUCUAGAUGGGCCUGAUGGUGACGGCCGAAUACUUCACGCGCCGAGUGUCACCCCUGCAUUUUGGCGAUACCAAAUUAUCCCCAAAUUGUAUCAUCGCUCCGCUGCAAACUACAAUUUCAAUCCGCGAGUUUUAUCAGAAUGGAUAGUUGUGGGUACUUUGCAAUCGAUAGUAUGUUAUUUCGGCGUAUGGGGUCUUCGACAAUAUAACAGUGCUCCUGUCGGCGACCACGGCCUCGCCUCCGACUUGUGGAUGGACUCUAUCCUCCUCUAUACAGCGGUGCUAGCAUUGGUGUCGGUACUUAUACUACUCUAUACUCGGGAAUGGUCCUGGGUUCUAAUCUUGGCAAUGGUAUUUUUUCAAAUUUUGUUGUACAUUGCUUUCGUAUUUGCAUACGAUACCGCGAUUGAUGACGAUGACGCUUCGGGUUAUCUGUACAGCGCCCUCAGCUCCGUCAGUUUUUGGCUCAUCCUACUUCUCACAGUGGUAGUAUGCUUCCUCCCUGCCUUGGCACUGCGGAAAUUGAAGCUUCUGUCAAGUCAAGUGCCUCUAGUAGAGGCUAUCAGGCAGCUUCGUGUUAGUCAGUAG